AAAGCAGACCCCGUGUGGACAGGGGGAGGAGAGAACGCAGAGGAGGCGCGCGAAGGCUGAACGCCCAGGCUGUCCGACCGACCCCGACUCGCAGGGGUGCGCGGGCGGUGCGGGACGCGUGCGGUCCGAGGGCAGGUCCCGGGGCUCUUGUGCCCCUGUCCGCAGCCGCCCGCGAUGACCGAGGCUACCCGGGUGUGCUCGGGCUACUACAGCCUCAACCACAGCUUCGUGGAGCCCUUCGAGUGCCCGCGGAGCGGCGAGGGGGCCGCCCUGCUCUACUGCUGCGGCUUCGCCGACCUCAAGUACUGCUGCAGCGAGCCGGGCAGCUACUUCCCCUACAAACACAGCUAUAUGUGGAGCCUCAGCAUUGGUGCCCUGGUUGGACUGGGAACUGCUGCCCUUGUUCUACUUGCCUUUGUCGUCAGCGUCUGUGUCCUUUGCUACUUAUUUCUGUCGACAAAGCCUCAAAGAUUAGACACUGGCCUUAAACUUCAGCACCUCGAGGCUUCUUCCACUCAAGAAGGGAACCCAAGCAGGAAAACCAAAGCCCCCAAUUCAAAUGCAGCAUCAAAUUCAACAAUUGAAACGUCCUAUGAAACUGAUGAUGUAAUUCAAGAUCCAAAAAUGGAUACGACACAAAUCAAAACCGUGUAUUAUUAAAAACCCCGUGUUGCAAAAGCUCACUGGAGAGAUGGAGCAAUGCAAAGAAAGAAUGCCAUUUCAAAUACAGUGUAAUUGUAGUAUUCAAAAAUUCACCAUUUACAAAGCAAGA